AUGACCUGCGUAGGGGCGUGCUUCCUGACGUACACCCGCUGCGUGGCAGAGAUUGUCCUCGACACGAGCUCCAAGAAACUCAUUCCCUCCAUCUGGAACGAGCUUGAGGUAUUGCUUUCGAACCACGAGCCACUCCUUCCUUGUUUCCGCCGAGUCACUCUAAAGCGCCCGUACUCUACCGAACACAAAGCCGCUCGGCGCCAUCGCAAAAGCCUACCCCCCCUCACCACCGUGCUCGCCCUCACCCUCACCCUUAUCCCUACCUGGGACUGCCAUUGCUUCCCGUUCCGCGCACCUGAACACGCCCGCCUUUCCGAAGUCGUCGAGCACCUCAAGCCGAUCCGCGCCCUCCGCGCGCUGCGUCUCACCGUGCGAGGCGAGAAGCUCGCGUACAGCGCAGACGACCUCCGCGCCAUCGCGGCCGCGUGGCCCGAGCUCACCGAGCUCGGAAUCGCUGUCGUCGCGGUCGAGUGGCCCGGGUUCGCCGAGCUCAUAAUCGCAACCGCACUCGAGUGUAGCUACACGGAAGCCUCGCGCCAUCAAGUGGCGGCGCUCGAGGGGGUUGCGGAUCUCGCGCGCGGGUGCGUGGGGCUGCGCGUGCUGCAUCUUCCGCGGACGAAGUUCGCGCGCGGGGCACUGGACGCCACGCGCGCGGCUGUCGCGCCGCAUCGCGCCCUCUACGAUCUGAAAUUGGGCAUCAUUGAGGUUCUCGAGAAGCGGCACGGACGCGGCGGGACGGCUGAGGAGGGGGUCUCCUACUCGCGCUAG